CUGCCUCCAUAAAUCUGAAGAAAGUUUCACGAUUCAGUGUCACACCAAGUGUGCUCUCCAGAGACACUCUCUCAGAUCUCUGAUCUGUCUCCGUUGUAUUGCCGUUUUCGGAUCUCAAGGACGCUUUGUUCUUUUUUAUCUUUUCCUGGGUCUGGCAGGUUAUCUCAUAUGCGUUUAAUUUCUCAAGAGGGUAUUCAUUCUAGAGGAAAUCGAGGGAGAUGAACCGAUUGUGAUGGCUGCCAAAAAGGGUUCAAUUUCUUUUUGAGGGUUCGUUUCUUUCGUGCCAUUUUUCGGAUCGCCUCUGCGAGUCGAAGCUCGGGCAAUUUCGAUUCCUUGAGCCUGGUAAAUACAAAGAGAGAUGAGAGGAGCUGUGCUCGUGGCGGUUGCUGCCACGAUCGGCAAUUUGUUGCAGGGAUGGGACAAUGCGACCAUCGCAGCGGCGGUUCUUUACAUCAAGAAGGAAUUCGAUCUGGAAAGUCAACCCACGAUUGAAGGGCUGAUUGUGGCUAUGUCGCUCAUAGGUGCCACUGUAAUCACGACGUUUUCCGGGCCCGUGUCAGAUUCGAUCGGACGGCGUCCCAUGAUGAUCAUCUCCUCGAUUCUUUACUUCCUCAGCGGUUUGGUGAUGCUGUGGGCUCCCAAUGUCUAUGUCCUGCUUCUGGCGAGGCUCCUGGACGGAUUCGGGAUCGGCCUCGCCGUCACUCUUGUUCCGGUUUAUAUAUCCGAGACUGCCCCGCCCGAGAUCAGGGGGCUUUUGAAUACCCUGCCUCAGUUCACCGGUUCUGGCGGAAUGUUCCUAUCAUACUGCAUGGUAUUCGGAAUGUCCUUGAUGGAUUCGCCGAGUUGGAGGCUGAUGCUCGGUGUGCUCUCCAUUCCCUCUCUAGUCUAUAUCGGAUUGACAUUAUUUUUCUUGCCAGAAUCUCCUCGGUGGCUUGUCAGUAAAGGCAGGAUGGUCGAGGCCAAUCAGGUCCUCCAGAGGUUGCGUGGGAAGGAAGAUGUCUCGGGUGAGUUGGCCUUGCUAGUCGAAGGUCUUGGAGUUGGAGCCAACACAUCCUUAGAAGAGUACGUUAUCGGCCCUGCUGACGAGGAAAUCGACAAGCAUAAGUCGAGCAUGGCUCAAAUUAACGGGCACAAGCCUCCGCAUCAGCAAUCAUGGAUCGCCAAGCCAGUUUCUGGACAGAGCACCAUGGGCAUGCUUUCCCGCCAUGCCAGCUCAGUCAACCAAAGCAUUCCUCUGAUGGAUCCACUCGUCCCUAUGUUUUGCAGCAUCCACGAGAACCUCCCCGAGACUGGAAGCAUGCUGUUCCCGACCAUGGGAAGCAUGUUCGGACUGGCGGAACAUCCUACCAACCAGAACGAACUUUCCGACGUGGAAAGCCAAAGGGAUGCUGCGGACAGUGUGUCCGACCACGAUGCACCAGAUUCCCACGACAACCUGCGGAGCCCGCUGUUGUCCCGCCAAGCGACUGCCACAGACAACAAGGAAGGGAUGGGUGCCACCGGAAGCGGCCUCGGUUUCAGCAUGAGGCAAGGUAGCAUCACUCUAGAAAGCGGCGAGCAACUCAGCAGCACUGACAUCGGUGGAGGUUGGCAGUUAGCGUAUAAGUGGUCGGAUAAGACGGGCGAGAAUGGGAAAAAGGAGGGAGGGCUUCAGAGAGUUUACCUGCAUCAGGAUGGUGCUGCAGCCUCGAGGCAUGGCUCGAUGCUCUCGGUUACCAGUAGUGUGAUACCGCCCGAAGGAGGUGAACUGGUUCACGCUUCCGCUCUCGUGAGUUGUUCUGUUAUUGGUCCCGAGGGACUAUUCAUGGGUCAGAAUCCAGUUGACGCAGUCAUGAACAGGAGCCAGGAAACCGGCACUAAAGGGCCAAGCUGGCACGACCUGUUUGAACCGGGGGUGAAGCGCGCACUGUUUGUUGGAAUUGGAAUUCAGAUCCUUCAACAGUUUUCCGGCAUAAAUGGGGUUCUCUACUACACACCGCAGAUUCUCGAGCAAGCCGGCGUCGGGGUCCUCCUAUCUAAUUUGGGGCUCAGUUCUUCUUCUGCAUCUCUUCUCAUAAGCGGUCUCACUACAUUGUUGAUGCUCCCGUGUAUUGUUGUUGCUAUGAGGCUAAUGGAUGUCUCUGGCAGAAGGUCACUACUUUUAUCCACGAUUCCAGUCCUGAUAUUGUCGCUGUUCAUCUUAGUCGUCAGCAGCGUCAUCAACAUUAGCACCUUCGUGAACGCCACGAUCUCAACUACCAGUGUCAUUGUCUACUUCUGUUGCUUUGUCAUGGGGUUUGGCCCGAUCCCCAACAUCCUGUGCUCCGAGAUCUUCCCUACUCGAGUGCGUGGCAUUUGCAUUGCAAUCUGUGCACUCACGUUCUGGAUCGGCGACAUCAUUGUCACUUACUCACUCCCCCUGAUGCUCUCUUCCAUUGGCCUGGUCGGCGUGUUCGCUAUUUACGCCGUUGUGUGCAUUGCGUCGUGGUUCUUCGUUUUCCUCAAGGUUCCUGAAACGAAGGGGAUGCCUCUCGAAGUCAUCUCUGAGUUCUUCGCCGUGGGUGCGAAGCAGGCUGCUAGCACCACAGAUUAGUGAAUUUUGCAGAUUCAAAGAGUUCCGCAUUUCUGGCUUGCGAAGUUUCAAUAUUUUGAUUCUGUUAAUAGACUUCUCCGAUGUGAGAUGCGAAUAGUGUAAUUCGACAAUUGUUUCUGGCGAGAGGCUGAUCAGUCCGGGGGUCCAUUAUAUGAAUAGAAUACUUGUGAGAGUA